AUGCCUCAGCUGGACAUCAGAGCGCAUGCUCACCUGCAGGAGGACAGACAACAUGCGCACCUGCUGGAGCAGACCUUUACACAGAGUGAGGGGAGCCAGCUGGUGUUCUCUCUGGCUCAGGAAGAUGAUGGACCAAUGGACCUGACCUCAGCGAGGAGUGCUCCAGCAGGGGUCACUGUGACGACACCAGACACCAGCGUUGACGAUGGCACUCGUCCCCACGUGGGGGUGAAGACUGCAGGAGAGAAGCUGGAGGAGAGCGAGGAGUCCGGUGAGGCCGAGGGAGAGACACUCCAGAGCGGUAUUGAUAUUGACGUUAGUGUCAGCAAGUGGAAGCUCCUGAUCAUGGUUAAUGGGAAACAGGUGGCGGUGGAGACCAUGGUUGAGUCAGAGGUGAGGAUGAUGAGGAAGGGCGGAGUGUACCUGACGGUGCUCCACCCGGCCACCGCCUCCCUCCUCCACUACUCUAGACACAGGACUUUUGAGGACUCCGCUGACCAGGAGCUGAGGCGAGUCUUGGAGGGCGUCCAGCCAGGCCGGAUAGUGGUGGUGGCUGCCAUGCACGACGGGUUCGCAGGCUUGUCAGAAGCAGUUGUGCACCUGCUGGCACACCUGGGGUCAAAGGUCGUCACAGAUGGCACCGUCGGUGACAGGUGGGCGUGGGUGUGGACCAAGGGGGGGCGGACGUGGGCGGAGGGGGCGGUGUUCUCCACCAGGAACCCCAGGUUUGUGUAUCAGGGCGGCCCUCUACACCUGCACGCACACCUGCCCACCGCCCCCUUCACAGGGAGUGGGUGUGAGGGCGUGUGGCCGCGGGGCGGGACGUGGGCGGCCAGGCGUCGCUUCUGUCACAGUUAUGAGGGCUACGGUGACCUGUGCAGCUGUCACCAUCCCCGCCCUCUCCCACCCACGCCCACACAGGUGAGAGCGGCGGGGGUCGGCGUCAUCCCCACCGUGGUGGUGGCCAGCGUCAGGCCUCUACUGCUGGACAGGUGCCUGCGUCGACUGAUGUCUGUGGCUGGCAGCGACCCUGGGCUGACGCUGGUGGUGGCUGACGGCCAUCCUGACGGUGGCCUGCGAGAGGUCGCUGCCUUGGUCAACCUUUAUGGAAUGAAGUUUAUGGGUCACGACGCUGGAGGGCGGGACGUGACGCUGCGGAUCACCCGUCACUACAAGGUCACCAUGGACGCCGCCUUCACCACCUUCCCCUGGGCGGACAAGGUCAUCAUCCUCGAGGAGGACCUCUACGUCGCCCUCGACUUCUACAGUUACUUCGCGCAGACGGCCCCCCUGAUGGACCGGGACCCGAGCCUCUACUGCGUCUCAGCCUGGAACGACAUGAGUCAGGCUGGUGCCGGCGGCGACCCGACCCUCGUGCUGCGGGUGGACACCAUGGCGGGCCUCGGCUGGCUCCUCUCCAGGAGGGUAUAUGAGGAUGUCAUGCCCAACUGGCCACCCUAUGACAAGUUGGCGGACUGGGACAUGUGGCUGAGACUGCCGGAGAACCAGAAGGGGCGGGAGUGCCUGGUGCCCGAGGUCUCCAGGACCUUCCACUUCGGCGUCACCGGCGCCCACCUCACAGCGUACUUCCAGAGCAACUACUACGCCCACACCGCCCUCAACACCGCCCCAGACGUCACUCUCAGGGACCUCCACAGGCUGGAGCCCGCCGCCUACGACCUGCAGCUGACGGAGCUGCUGGCCGGCGGGCGGCACCUGGACGGUGGCGCCACCAACCCCUGCAGCACGCAACUGCUGCCCCGCAACUCUAGCACCCACCAUGUACUCUGGAUCAAGAUGAACGAGAUAGCAGAUGACUACACCUACAAGGGAGUAAUGAGUUGUCUGUUGCUGUGGGACCUGGACGUGCGCGCCCACCACAAGUUGCUGUGGAGGCUACGGUGGCGAGGGACCCCUCUCCUCGUCGUGGGCUGGCCCGCCUCGCCCUUCUCGUCCAUGAAGCCCAAGGAGGUGCAGGUCCUUAUACGGUACGACCCUGGUGGUGCAGGCGUGGACCCCCCGGUGUACCAGUACCUGCCCUCCAGUACCACCACCUCCCACCAGUACCUACCGUCCAGUACCACCACCUCCCACCAGUACCUGCCAUCCAGUACCACCACCUUCCACCAGUACCUGCCGUCCAGUACCACCACCUCCCACCAGUACCUACCGUCCAGUACCACCACCUCACACUAG